AAGAAGGUGGGCGGAAGUGGUCCUGUGCGCUCCGCUUCCGUCUCCCGGCCGCUGUGUGAAGUUGCUGGGCGACAGCGGGUUCUGCUUCUUAGUGAGGUCGUGGGUAGAGCUGUCAGGGGCCGAGGGGCGAGGGGCGUGGUCCUCCGAGUCCUAGUGGGUGUGUGCUGAGGAGAGACUGACGGGAGAGUGGGGCGUUCUCUGCGGAGGGCUCCGGGCUCCACUUCCGGUGGGACACAGACACGCCUCUGGGACCGGCUGGCAUGACGGCGCGGGUGAUUGAGGCUUUUCUGUCCCCGCAGCAGCGGUGCUGAGCGCGGAGCUUUGAAAUUUUUAAACAGUGCUUCCUAGAACCAUCAAGGAAAAUGUCUGUGACUCUGCAUACAGAUGUGGGAGAUAUCAAGAUAGAAGUCUUCUGUGAGAGAACACCCAAAACAUGUGAGAAUUUCUUGGCUCUUUGUGCCAGCAAUUACUACAACGGCUGUGUGUUUCAUAGAAAUAUCAAGGGCUUCAUGGUUCAAACAGGAGAUCCAACAGGUACUGGAAGAGGAGGUAGCAGUAUCUGGGGCAAAAAGUUUGAGGAUGAAUACAGUGAAUAUCUGAAGCACAAUGUUCGAGGUGUUGUAUCUAUGGCUAAUAAUGGCCCAAAUACCAAUGGAUCGCAGUUCUUCAUCACCUAUGGCAAGCAGCCACACUUGGACAUGAAAUAUACAGUGUUUGGAAAGGUAAUAGAUGGUCUGGAGACUUUGGAUGAGUUGGAGAAGUUACCAGUAAAUGAGAAGACAUACAGACCUCUUAAUGAUGUACACAUUAAGGACAUAACUAUUCAUGCCAACCCAUUUGCUCAGUAGCUGUCAUGGACCUGGACAGAUACUUGGCAAACACUUUACUGGAGCACGGCCAUGGACUUCACUGGAACACGCCCAUUGUGGUUUAUCCAGUUCUUCUCCUGGUGUUUACAGUAAUGGGCUCCAUGUGGGAGCCCUGUAGCUUCCCUUCCCAUCUUGAGCAUUUCUGUGCCACUGCUGUUGUUCAGUGUGUUCACUUUAAAUAGAAAGUGAUGCCUUUUUUUAAUCACAUGCGAGUGUGCAUUUUUAAUGCUGAUCCUCGUGUGCAGGCACUGUUUGCAGCACCUGAAUUACCACCCUAGUGUAUGUAUAUGCUGGAAAUACUUUCCUUCACUAUUCAUGUUCUGCGGCUAGUAGGACGAAUGCAUGGCCUGGCUUGGUGAUACUCGCCUUUAAUCUCACCACUUCAGAGGCAGAGGGAGCUCUGUGAG